UUGCCAGUUUGGCAAGCUGUAGAUGAGUAACCAGCAUCUGGCAUUUGCGUGUCAUUCCGCCUGAACGAAACGCUAGUCAGUACAUCAAUACUGCUCAGAGGAAGAAAAGGAAUUAAACCCUGUGGUAAGUCUCCAUUCCAGUCAUUUAGUGUUAAAAAUACGAUGGCUUAUGGGAUUCAACCAAAAUUCCAACAGAAUUGGUGAUUUGUUUUUGUGUGAAUUGCUAACCUUUUCUCAUUCAAAGAAGCAUCACCAUUUGUGAGUAACGGCCACAUUUCUCUUCUUGACAGGUUCAACUGUACUUCUUUUGGCAUAACACAACAUAAUUUGCACAAACUCAUUUUUGCAGCAGCUAUUGUGACAGAAUUCUGAAACGGAGUGGCUGAUUAAACAGAAUCGUCAGCAAUGGCAGCAGAUAAGGACGUCACGGAGACGGUGGCCGUGGACCUGGGUGCCCUCCUAGACGCCGGGGACGACGCCAUGGUGACGCUCGUGGCAGGCGAGACGCGGCUGGUGGCGCACAGGGCCGUCCUGGUGGACAGGAGCCCCGUGUUCGCCGCCAUGUUCGCCCACGACACCCUCGAGGCGAGCACUGGCGUGGUGAGCAUCGCCGACGUGGGGGGCCCCGUGCUGAGGCAGCUGGUCUCCUACCUGUACACCCUGCGGGCCCCCCAGCUGCCCGCGAUGGCCGCCCAGCUGCUGGCCGCAGCGGACAAGUACGGCGUGUCGGGGCUGAAGGCGGAGUGUGAGCGGCAGGUGGCCGCUCAAUUGACUGUGGAGACCGCGGCGGCUGCAGCCGCCCUCGCAGUCCGCCACUCCUGCAGCGACCUCAGGCGGGCCACCAUCGAAUUUAUGAAGACACGAACCCGUGAGGUGAUGGCCACUCAGGGGUGGGCGGAUGCCAUGUGGAAGCAGCCGCAAGACUUGAUCGAAGUGAGCCCGCUGCUGUAGGAUCCACCACCAAAAAUCAGGAGGCUCUCUGCAAAGGAGAGAUGCAGCAGGCUGAUCCAGGUGGCCGAGCAGGGGGCAGUGGGGGAGCUGAGGGCGCUGCUCGCCGAGGGGGCCGACGUGGAGGCGAGGGGCGGUGUGUGGGGGUGGACUGCCCUGCACUGUGCAGCACACAGGGGAGACGUCGAGGUGGCGUGGCUGCUGGUGGAGGCGGGGGCGGGGGUGGACGCCAGAGACAGCUGGUGGCAGAGGACGCCUCUGCACGUGGCUGCAAUGUGGGGCGGCACUGCUGUGGCGAGGCUGCUUCUGAGGGCGACUGCCGAUCCCAACGCCAGGGAUGGCAGAGGGUGGACGCCGCUGCACUGGGCGGCAGCCAAUGGCCAUGCAGAAGUAGCGGCUGUGCUGCUCGAGGCGGGAGCUGACAAGGGGGCCACAGCUAGUGAUGGUCGGACUGCACUGGACCUCGCCAGUGAUGAAAACGAGAGGAGGCUGAUGGAGUUGCUGUCAUGAGGCAGCCACUCCAACGGACUUUCUGCAAAAAAGAACUGAAACAACUUCUCCAGUAAUAAUUAGCAUUCUUCUUCAAUAAAAAAUUCAAAAAUUCAA